AUGCCAACCCCAUCCGUCGGUACAACUAGACACACCACACCUCAAAGACACCAUGUCUCGAGAUUAUUGAAUAAUAAUAAGAAACUGUUGGAUCAAAGUCAAGGUGUUGGAGUUAAAUCCAAAAUUCCAACUGCAGAACUUGAAAAUAGAUUUUCAAAACUGACUCAUUUACUUUAUGAUACGAACGUUAAAUUCAAAGAUUUGAAUGAGCAUGUUUAUCCUUUGAUUCAUGAGGAUAUUACAUUUACAGAUCCUUGGCAAACCAUCACUGGAAAAUCUCAAUUUGUGGCCCAAUUGAAAGGUUUUCAUAGUGCCAUAUUCUUUACUUAUGAUACUUUACAAUUAUCAGUUCAAGUAAAUGAGAAUGAAGAAAGUGGAAGGGUUAUUGUUGAUGGUUGGAUGUAUUUGAAUCAAGUCAAGUACAUUACAGGAACAAUUCCAUUGAGAACUGUACUGGUUUAUGAUUUUGUUUUCAAUGGAGAUGGUGACACUUUUCUCAUCACUGAUUUGGAAGAAAUGUGGAGUUUGGGCGAUUUAAUUGAAAAAAUUCCAAUCAUUGGAUGGUUUUACAAUUUAUUUAGAUUUGGUGCUGGAUUUUUCUUUACCAUCUUCUUCCUUAUUUGCACUUUUAUUGCACUACGUUUACCCUUUUCAAAUGUGAGUGGUCAACCAAGUGGUAAGAAUACUUCUAGUGGUGGCAAGAAGAGUUCCAUUUGUAGCUCGUUGAAUCCUCUCAAUUUUGCAAAAUAA